CACCCUGAGCCCCUCUCCUGGCACCUGCUUCUGUCAGUCCGCCCGCCGCUGCCCCUUUCGACCCCGCAGCCCCAGGACGUGGAGGAGGAGCGAGCCGGGAACCCCGACUUCCGCCCCGCCCCAGGCCCUCCCAGUCCGUGCUCCCACCCCUUCUCAGGAUGCCAGGAGGGGCUCCUGUCUCCCCCCCCCGCCCCUCUCCAUCGCUCCCGACACGCCCCCAAAAGGGGGGUACGAGGCGGUCCCAGGCUGGUAGGGCGGAGCCCGCCGCCUCCAGCCUUGACUGCGGGACUCAACCCGCUCCAGAGCACAGCUGAGCCGAGCCCACCUGUCCAGGUCCCCAUCCCAGCCUUGGCAAUGACCCUGGCGGCUUCCUCCCAGCGCUCCCAAAUCAUUCGCUCCAAGUUCCGAUCUGUCCUCCAGCUUCGGAUCCACAGACGCUAUCAGGACACGAGCCUCUCAGGGUCCUUUGCUGCCUCUCCAUUCUCGGAUCCAGAUCCAUGGAUCUCAGCCGCAGACCCGGCUCUGGCUCCGGCCCCAGCCUCACCCUCGAGCCCAGCGCCUUUCCUCUUCAGCCCUGGGGUCCUUCUCCCUGAGCCAAAACACUACCCUUGGCGGUCCCUGAAGAAGGAGUCUCCCAAGAUCUCCCAACAUUGGAGGGAGCCCAAGCCCAAGGAGCACUUGACAUACCACCAGUACAUGCCCCCAGAGCCGAGACAAGGGUCCAGGGCAGACCCCCAGGCUGAAGGGUCGGCCUUGGGUCCCCCUGGACCACCUCCAUGGGAAUGGACAAACUCACAGCAGCCACCUCCUAGGAUGAAGCCCAGUCCCCUCACUCCCUCCCCACCAGGAGUCCCCAGCCCCUCGCCCUCUCCACACAAGCUGGAACUUCAGACUCUCAAACUGGAGGAGCUGACGGUCUCAGAGCUCCGGCAGCAGCUGCGCCUGCGGGGCCUCCCGGUGUCUGGGACCAAGUCGAUGCUCCUGGAGCGCAUGCGCGGCGGCGCCCCGCCCCGCGAGCGGCCGAAGCCGCGGCGCGAGGACGGUCCGGCGGCUGCUCCCUGGCCUCGCUUCAGGCGCAAGGCUUUGGGAGCCGCUGGGAGGCCGGGCUCGUUCAAGCCGAGUCCAACAUCUCAUUCGCUGCCCCCUCCACGUGCCGCGGAAAACCUUGUGACGGCUCUGGCUCCUGCUCCGGCUCCGGCUGCAUCGACGGCUCAGGCUCCAGCUCCAGUGCCGAUCCCUUCCUCAGCACCAGCCUCGACAGCCCUGACACUGGAGGAGGAGCUGCAGGAAGCGAUCCGCAGAGCGCAGUUGCUUCCGAACCGGGGCAUCAGUGACAUCCUGGAGGAUCAGGUGGAGCCUGAGGACAUGCUGCCCCCCAUCCCCCUGGACUUCCCCGGCUCCUUCGACUUGCUGUCCCCCUCCCCGGACUCUGAAGGCCUCUCAUCUGUCUUCUCUUCCUCGCUCCCAUCCCCCACGAACUCCCCGUCCCCCUCUCCCAGGGGCCCCACCGACUCCUUGGAUUGGCUGGAGGCUCUGAGUGGGGGUCCCCCACUGGGCUGUGGCCCCCCAGCCCCCAGCAUUUUCUCUGCUGACUUAUCUGAUUCCAGUGGCACCAGGCUGUGGGACCUGCUGGAGGAUCCAUGGAAUUGGCUAGCCCUGGGAGGGGCAGUCCCUCCAAUGUCAGCAAGGCCCCAGAUGUCAAAGCACCAGAAAUACAGAAAUAAAAAGGCAUGAUUAAUGCAUAAAGCACACAGAAGCCGGGUGUUGGGUGCACAGAACUGGUAAGAGGAAUCUGAGGGGACCUGGGCAGGCUGCCAACAGUGUCCACUACAGGUGGGAAUGUACAGUGGAUUAGUUAUGUGUUACAGGACCUAGAACCGGUGACUUCCCCUGGCUUGCUGUCAUGUCAGUUUCCUUAUUUGUAGCUACAGCCCAGUGUGGCUGAGAGAGUUCACUGAGAAUGUCCCUGAAUUGGACCUGGCUUGUGACAUGUGAUGAUGAUAAACAUUAAUCACCAUUAUUAGCUGCUGAUCGACAAUUCUAGUGCCUCGAAGUGUGUAAACUCUGGUGAACAUUGAAGAUCCAAGAUAAAAAUGGAAGGGAACAAAUGCUCGUUACCAUGAGGCAAAGGGAAUCUUUGAUGUCUUCCAAACCAAUCAGGUAGAAUUUGUCCUCCUUACUUUCCAGAUGAAUUAAUGAAAGAUCAGAGAAGGGGAGUGACCUGCCCAGUGUCACGCAGACAGGAGGUGUUGGAGUAGGGUUUUAAAUCAGAUGAAUAUGUCUACAGCCUGUGCCCUCAGGGUUGAAAAAUCAAAGAACCUCAAUCUCUGCUCUGGUGAAGCUCAGACAUUUGCAAAGAGAGUCCCAGUGCAGGGUGAUAGGGAUUUUCAUGGCAAUGGUACAAGGAAUAGGAGGGGCAUGACUCCUAGAAGGUGACCAGAAACUGCAGGGGAAUGGGACAGGGUGGUCAGAGAAAAUAUUUUCGCCAAGACUCAAAGGGUGAGGAGGAGCUGGUCGGAGGAAGCUCUUGGAAGACAGCAUCCUUGUAGAGGGAGAAGAACAUGCAAAGGCUUGAAGGUGUGAAGGGUGCUGCCACCUGGGGAAACUUGUGAGGUCAGGGUUCCUGGAAUAAAAGGUGGGUGUUGGCAGGUCUUCCUCUGUCUCUGUUUCCCUUCUGACACUUCUAUGCCUAUACCCCUGUAUCAGUCUCUUCCCAUCUCUGCCUGCCUCUGUGUCUUCACUCUGUCCCCGUCUCUCCUGUGUCCAGAGGAGGGCGGCCUUGGGCUGAGAGCCUGUGGGCCCUGUGUGCAGUCUCAAAGAGUCAGGGCUAGGGGCAGCUGAGGAAUUCUCUGGAAGGUGGAGAUUUGAAACACAGACCCAGGAUUGCGAGGAGUGUGCAGGUUUGGGUCCAGAGUCUGAGGGACGGGCUUGGGUCCUGCAUUCUCCAUGGCCCGUCCCUCAGCCCUUUUCCAGACAUGUCAGCUACUUCCUCCUGCCCCUGAGGCAAGGACUGGGCCUCCCCCAAGGGGGUGGGGAAAAAUGAGGGCUGGACCUAUGGGGGAGCUGGGGGUAGGAUGAGGUCAGAUGAGGACCCCUCCCCUCACCAUGCUGCCAUCCCACGAUCUCAGUGGAAGCAUGAAAAAUACCAAGAAUAUAUUUGACAAAUUACCAGUUUAUUUUAUAGACAUAUUCCCCAGAAAGAUACAUUCAUAUUCAUUGGGUAGACUGGAGAAGAAUAUAUUUUGCUUUUCUCCCCCUUCUCCCUCCCCCUCCUUCUCUUCUUCUUCCUCUUCUCUCCCCCCCACCCCAUUUCUCCCUCCCUCCCUUCGUUAUCUCUCUUUCUCCCUCCCUUCUCUGUUACCACAUAGCUAAUUGGCUGCUUCCAAUCACUGACUUCUAUUCUAUUCUGCCUUUUACCUCUACAUUAUUAUUAUUAUUAUUAUUAUUAUUAUUAUUAUUAUUUGGCCUCGCAGUUUGUGGGAUCUUAGUUCCCCAACCAGGGAUUGAACCUGGGCCCUCAGCAAUGAAAGCAUGGAGUCCUAACCACUGGAUCGCCAGGGAAUUCCCAUCGUCCACCUUAUUUUUUCUUUCUGCUUCGCCAGUGAUGACCACCCCCCAGCUCCCAACUCCACCAACCACCUGAGCUCCUCGUCGUCAUCAAGCACAGCCUCUUAGGGACCUGUGGGAGAAUUUCUCUGGGAAACACACCCAGGAGAGCUUGACACAGAAGCAGGUGCCAUGGUGGUUGAGGGUCAUCUCUGGGACCAGAUCCACCUGUGUGGACUUAUCUCUCCAUCACUAGCUGCCUGGCCUAGGGCAAGCCAUUUAACCUCUCUGUGCCUCAGUUUCUUCAUUCAUAUAAUGGGAACAAGGGCAAUAGUACUUUGUGUGGGUGGUGUGAGGAAUAAAUGAGUUAACCUGUGUAAGGUGCUUAGAACAA